GGCGUGUCGGGGCGGGCGCACAGCCGUAGCCCGUGGCGGAGGCGCGGGCGCGCUCAGGCCGUGUGCUGGGCGGCCUGGGCGGCCGCACCAUGGAGUCGGGCACUGAGGAGUAUGAACUCAACGGCGACCUGCGCCCGGGCUCCCCGGGUUCCCCCGACGCCUUGCCACCCCGCUGGGGUUUGAGGAACCGGCCCAUCAAUGUAAACCAUUAUGCCAACAAGAAGAGCGCCGCAGAGAGCAUGCUGGAUAUCGCACUGCUUAUGGCCAACGCAUCGCAGCUGAAGGCCGUGGUGGAGCAGGGCAGUGAUUUCACCUUCUUCGUGCCCCUUGUGGUCCUCAUCUCCAUCUCUCUCGUGCUGCAGAUCGGAGUGGGUGUGCUUCUCAUCUUCCUGGUCAAGUAUGACCUCAACAACCCGGCCAAGCACGCCAAGCUGGACUUCCUUAACAACCUGGCCACAGGACUGGUUUUCAUCAUAGUUGUAGUCAACAUCUUCAUUACGGCCUUUGGGGUCCAGAAGCCUGUAAUGGACGUGGCACCCCGGCAGUAGGACACCCAGAGACCUUAAAGGUACCUGACCUACAGUCCAGCUCUCCAGACCCCUGCAACUGCUGUACCCCCAAGGCAUCCCUCUCCUGUGUGCAGAGCCCAAGGAGGCCACUGCUGGACCAUGGUCAGGGAUGGAAUUCCAUCCAACUGUGACUGCUGUGUGGGCGGCCACUCGAGGCAUGUGGGAACUGGAUGCAGGGCCAUGAAGAUCAGAACUGGACAGCUCCACAGAAACCCAUGCCAGGAGAAUGGUUACUGCCCACCCAAGGACAUGCAGCAACUCCACGAUUGGACUCGACGAGGGGCCAGCCCUGGCCUCUGUCUCAGGACAUUCCAGAAGGACCAGGAUAUGCCCCUCCCUUUGUUGAUAAACCAGUGACUGUACUUCUUAUGGAGCCUGCACAGGUCACCCUGGAAACUGGGACCUUGGACAGCCAUCAGUACCUGCUGGCUCCAGUAGCGGCCACUGGCUGCAGCCUCAGUGCCUGGGCUUGGCAGCCACCAAGAGGCAGCCAUGCCCGUGGGGGCUGCAGGUCAUGCUGGUGCCUUCUACCAGUAGUGACCUGGGAAGAGUCCCAGCCCCCAACUCAGGGGUUCAGGCCCCACUUUUCUAAUCAGGAAUGACAAUAAAGCUUGUGUGCUUCCCUGCUG